UCUGCCUGACACCCGAUGAAGUGGGCUGUAACCUAUGGAAGUUUAUGCUACAAUAAUUUUUCAAUAAGCCUUUAUUGCUUUUGCUGUAAAACUGCUCUUGCUUUGUUGCUUUUGCUGCAAGAGACUCACCUGCCAAGUUCCAUCACCCUCAGCGCUCUCCCGUGGCAUGCUGGGAAUCGUAGUUUCCGUCAUUCCAUCCCCCUUCUUUCCGGGGAACAAGAAUGUUUCCAAGAAGAGCUGAGAAAAGCGCAAAGAAAACUCUUGAAAGUUUCACGGGAUAAAAGCUUUCUACUUGAUCGCCUGCUCCAAUAUGAGAAUGUGGAUGAAGAAUCAUCAGACUCUGAGGCAACAGCCUCCUCGGACAAUAGUGAUGGGGAGAUACCCAAAGGGGCAGAGCCACAGUCCCUAAAGAGAAAAAGAAGUCCCCAGCUUGGUAGUGCCUCGUCACCUUCAUCUUCAGGCCUUUCCCUCCAGCCAACUUCUGGCUUUGGGCUGCCAGCUUCAGGGACACCAUCGCCUUACCUAACAUCUCUGGCCUCGCCCUCUUAUGCUCCCUUCCCCUCUGACUACCUGGCACUGGGGCCUGAGCCUGGGGCCCCCCAACCUGACACCAACGCUACCCGCUCUGCCCGGCGGCCCCCAAGGCCCCGCAAGCUCAAGCUCCCACUGCCCCCCACCUCCCACUCUGACUGUUCCUCUGUCGUAGUGGGGCUGCCCUUUCCUUCGCCCCGUGGAGCCCCCAAGCUGCCGCCGCCCACCAUCCUCAGCACAGUCCCCCAUCAGAUGUUCAGCGAUACUGGGGAGGGGAGUGGUGAAGACCCCCUGGAUGGUGACGAUGAGUUGGUAAUCGACAUUCCUGAGUGACGGUGGUGCAUCCCGCUCAAAGGACAGAGGCCGCUCGGUGGUGUGCGUGGGGGUCACGCCCAACAUUUUAUUUUUUGUUUACAGACUCCAAAAAUACAUGCAAAUCCAUCAGUAAAUGGGAUAUUUUUUUUUUGUAUAAAAAAUUCCACGUUGCCAUUUCUGUACCCCUCCCCAGAUCUUCCACCCCUCAGGCUUCUCUCUUUUCCUAAACCCCAUGAGCCCUUAGAAGAAUUGCCCCAUAAUGAGGCCAGAGGUUUUUUUAAACUCUUAUCUGUCAGAUACCCUCCUUUAUAAGUUGUGUUUUAAGAAAUCAAAAUCUAUGUGAAAAAACGAUGCCCCUUUACAAGGCAGGCUGACCCCUUUUAAACUGCGGAGGAAAACAUCCAUUAAAAGGCAGGAAAGUCUGAAAAAGUGCUUGCAAACUCCUCAAGGAUGAACUUCUUUAAGACAAAAUGUUCAAGGAGUUUUGCACUGCAUAUGUAAACAUUUGAAGGGAAUCAGCUUACAAGAAAUUGUGCAGAGAACCACAUGGGGAUUCUUUUAUACAAAAUUGAAACAUUCCCAGCAUCUUGGAUAUUGAUUGUACUAGAUGGCUUCUAGUAGGCACCCAAAUGUUGCUACUUGCUGCAUUUUAUUUUUUUGCUACAGGUAUUUUUAAGUGGUGGUGGGAUGCCUACAAGAAACCAUCCUGUAACUACAGAUGUAAGGAGGAGUAACCAACCCUCUAAAAACUGGGAGGGGAAAGAACGUUGUAUUAAUAUCUGGGCGAUUUGAAACCCAGUUGUUUUAAGAGAAACCAAAUGCCAUUUGUUGGCCUGGCUAGAAAUAAUUGAUCAUAAACAUAAAUGGAAGACUGCACCCCUUUUUAAGAGCUGGUUCAUAUUUUGCACAGCAGGCGAAUUUUGUCUUUUGGUGAGCAAACAUAAUGUAUGGAGAGGAAAUGGGUGUGUCUGACACUGAAUCCCUAUGAGAUUGGCAGACGGGACAAUGUUCUCCUGACUAAUGUUGUGCAUGCACAGGGCUGUUGUGCUAGCUAGUUGCUCCACGUCUUGGGCUUGUGUUCCAGAUUAGUCACAUAAAGAUGUUUGCACUUGUGCCACCUGCGGUAUGCCUCACUAUGUUUUGUAGGGCACUUUGUGCAGUGGUGCAAGAAUGCAGUUUCAAGCAUUCCCAAUCUUAGCUCAACGUGGUUCGUUGUGCAAGCAUCGCAUUAGUCAAGAUGUUGGCCAGGAUGGAAUAAAUGUAUAAAGCUUAUUGUGGCAGAGAGAUCGACGUGAAUAUGUUGCGAAAGAAUAGCUUGUGCUGCUUGUGUUAAGAUUUACAGCCUACCUUAAUAGAUUGUGUUUUAAUAUUAUUAAAACCAUACAAACAAGAUGGCCCAAGAUGUUCUGGGUCCUGGGUAAGGCGAUUGUAAUGGUGUCUCCCAGAGUGGUGAAAUAAUAACAAAUGAACACUGCAGCUCUAUGAUUGCUUACUCAGAAGUAAGCCCCAUUAUGUUCACACCCUAGAAUGUGUGUUUAGGGUUUUAGCCUAAAUAUCUGACAACUUGCUGUCCUUUUUAAUGCAACAAUUGUGGCUGAGGGUCAGGGGAGUUGUAGGACAGCAACAUCUGGGGACCAGUGUUUGAGAACCCUUGCUUUAAUUGUGUUGCGUUGGGCCUGAUGGUAUAGCCAGCCCUAGUUUGUAAAAAUGUGGUGGAUGUGCUUUGGCAACCAUAGCAUAUCACAGGACCACAACCCAAGCCCACUGCCUUUUAUCGUGUGCUUAGACAUGUUUGCCCUUCAGACACCAUUUCCCCCCCAGCAGAAUGAAAGCCAAUUUCAAAUCCUUCUGCUGUGAAGAGUGUGAAUUGACCCUCAGACUUCUAAUAACUGGAAGCGUCUGUUUCUGACUCAAAGGCUAGAUAGUGUGUUUUGAUAGGCAAAACAUGGGCAGCUUGGUAAUAGCAGGGUAUUUUCUGGUGGCCCCACUUUUUAAAAAGUGCCUUACUUGCCUGCCAGAAACUAGCAGGGUGGGAGACUUGCAGAGGGCUUCUUUUCCUUUAAAGCUUAAAGGGAUAAACAUGCUUCUUAACACCAGGUUAAUAGGAAGUGUGCCAAAUGGAAGCCUCUUGAACCCAUGCAAGAAGUGGAGAGAUCAGACAAUUUUUAAAUGGUCCAUGAGAAUGAAUUGCAUAUGCCACUGUAAAAUAACAUGAGAAGGGACAGGAGCUGGUGUGGAAAGGAGAAAAAAAUAGUCAUUUUAAACAGCAGAAAGAAAUUCCAUAAGGGAGGUGGGUUUUUAAGGGCUUUUGAAAUGAUUUUUGUUUUAAAAGAAACUUAUGUUAGAAAUUUCUGACUAUGGACUAGCAAAUAGCUUCUGGUCCUCUUAAAAUCCAAGCCAGACCUUGGUAGAAAAGAAACAAAUAGUGACAUUUAAGAUCCGUGGUCAGCUUGGAAAGGCAGAAAUGCUGGUAAUUUAGGGAGAGGAUUAAUUGAAGAAUAGUAUAUUUUUUGUGACUUUACAUAAAUAGUCUUUUUCUUGUACAA